CUCUAAUCUUCUUGUUCUUUGGGCCGCUACUUAAUUCUUUCUCCUUGUUUUUAGAGAGAGAAACAAAGACAAAAGCAAUGAAUGCAUAUUAUUGUGUAUAUUUGUAUUUAGACACUUUCCAACAUGAAAAUGGGAAUUUGAAAAUAGAUCACUGUUAGGGAUUUUUCUUUAAGAAGUUUCUGAAUCUGCAAUCAUUUCGAGUUUUUUUAGCUUUGAUUUUGUAUAAUGGGGACGCCAUUUGCAGGCGUAGACGGAGGAGCAGGAGGUGUAGCGGUAAUGGCAGGGCCAGUUAACCCAAUCGAUCCUUCUACGCCGUCAAAAGCUUGCGUUAAAAACUCGGCUCUUAAAUCUCCAAUUCUUGUAUUUCUUUUCUUCCAUAAAGCUAUUAGGUCUGAGCUCGAUGGUCUCCACUGCGCCGCCUUGACUUUUGCCACAACUGGCGGAGAUAUUAAGCCGUUGCUUAGGAGGUAUCACCUCUUUCGCGCUAUAUAUAAGAAUCACUGCAAUGCUGAAGACGAGGUUAUUUUUCCAGCUCUUGAUAUACGUGUCAAGAAUGUGGCACGGACAUACUCUCUUGAACAUGAGGGAGAAAGUGUUCUUUUCGAUCAAUUGUUUGAGCUUCUGAAUUCCACUGAACAAAAUGAAGAAAGCUAUCGCAGAGAGUUAGCUUCUCGUACGGGUGCUCUUCGAACAUCAAUUAGCCAACAUUUGUCUAAGGAAGAGGAGCAGGUCUUUCCCUUGCUUAUUGAGAAGUUUUCAUUUGAAGAGCAGGCGUCAUUAGUUUGGCAAUUUCUAUGCAGCAUUCCUGUUAAUAUGAUGGCGGAGUUUCUUCCUUGGCUUUCUUCCUCCAUAUCGUCUGAUGAAUAUCAAGAUAUGCACAAGUGCUUGUCCAAGAUAAUCCCAAAAGAGAAACUUCUUCAUCUGGUAAUUUUCACCUGGAUGGAGGGUGGAAAAUUGGCUGAAACAUGUACAAGUUGCUGUGAUGAUUCUAAGGCUUGCUAUCAAGAUUCAGGUCUACCAGCCUUAAUCUGUCAAAGCAAAAACACACUUUGUGCAUGUGAAUCUUCUAGAACUGGUAAAAGGAAAUAUAUGGAGCUAAAUUGUUAUCCAGCCAAUUCAACCAUUGGCCAUCCCAUAGAUGAAAUUUUGCUUUGGCAUGCUGCAAUAAGAAGAGAGCUGAAUGAUAUAGCUGAGGCUGCUAGGAUGAUACAGCUAUCUGGGGAUUUUUCUGAUCUGUCUGCAUUCAAUAAGAGGCUGCAAUUCAUUGCAGAAGUUUGCAUAUUUCACAGUAUUGCUGAGGACAAAGUUAUAUUCCCUGCUGUAGAUGCAGAACUGUCCUUUGCCCAGGAGCAUGCUGAAGAAGAAAUUCAAUUUGACAAACUUAGAUGUCUGAUUGAAAGUAUUCAAAGUGCUGGAGCUAACACAUCUCUUACUGAAUUCUAUACAAAAUUGUGCUUGCAAGCUGAUCAUAUCAUGGAUACCAUACAGAAACACUUUCAAAAUGAGGAAGCUCAGGUUCUCCCCCUUGCUCGAAAGCAUUUUAGUGCCAAAAGACAGCGUGAACUUCUUUAUCAAAGCUUAUGCGUGAUGCCCUUGAAAUUGAUUGAAUGUGUCUUACCAUGGUUAGUAGGAUCACUUAGCGAAGAAGAAGCAAAGUCUUUUCUUCAAAACAUGUGCAUGGCAGCUCCAGCUUCAGAUUCUGCAUUGGUUACACUGUUUUCUGGUUGGGCUUGCAAAGGUCGUCCUAGGAACAUUUGUUUGUCUUCAGGUGCUACUGGUUGCUGUCCUGUGAGAAUUCUGACUACAAUUCCGGAGGAUGCCAAACAAUCAAUCUCUGACAGCAAUCCUAAGUUGGCUAACAAUAGAAAGUCUUCUUUUAUCCAAACCAAUGAAGCAGACGAAAGAAGAAGGCUGGUCAAGCGAGGAAACUUAGUAUUACAGGAAGAUGAUGAUGCUUGUCGCUCUCCGGAGACUGUUAAUAUUCCCAGAUCAUCUUGUAGUAAUAAGUCUUGCUGUGUCCCUGGAUUAGGUGUGAACACCGGUAAUCUAAGAAUUAGUUCUCUUGCUGCGGCAAAAUCUCUGCGCUCCUUGUCUUUUAGUCCUUCUGCUCCCUCCCUUAACUCUAGUCUUUUUAAUUGGGAAACAGAUAUAAGUCCCACAGACAGUGGUUGUGCAUCACGACCUAUUGAUACCAUAUUUAAAUUUCAUAAAGCCAUCCGCAAAGACUUGGAAUAUUUGGAUGUUGAAUCUGGAAAACUAAAUGAUUGUAAUGAAUCUUUGCUUAGGCAGUUUACAGGUAGAUUUCGUCUGUUAUGGGGUUUAUAUAGGGCCCACAGUAAUGCAGAGGAUGACAUAGUGUUUCCAGAACUAGAGUCUAAAGAGACACUUCAUAAUGUUAGCCAUUCUUACACGCUGGAUCACAAGCAGGAAGAGGAACUAUUUGAAGAUAUCUCAUCUACACUCUCUGAGCUUACACGACUUCAGGAAUGCUUGGAAAGUAUCGAUCUAUCUGAUGAGUUAACUGGAAACCAAUCUGAUUCUUCUGAUCGCAGUGAAACUUUGAGAAAGUAUAAUGAGCUUGCAACAAAGCUGCAGGGCAUGUGCAAAUCCAUUAGAGUAUCACUGGAUCAACAUGUUUUUCGGGAAGAACUUGAGUUAUGGCCAUUAUUUGACUUACAUUUUUCAGUGGAGGAACAGGACAAAAUUGUUGGUCGAAUAAUUGGUACUACAGGUGCGGAGGUGCUUCAAUCAAUGUUGCCAUGGGUAACAUCUGCUCUCACUCAGGAAGAGCAGAACAAAAUGAUGGACACAUGGAAACAUGCUACGAAAAACACAAUGUUUUGUGAGUGGCUCAAUGAAUGGUGGGAGGGUACUUUCGCUGAAACUUCACAAGCGCCAACAUCAGGCAGCUGUAUAUCACUAGGCACUGAUCUCCAUGAAAGCUUGGAUCACAGUGACAAUACGUUUAAGCCUGGCUGGAAAGAUAUUUUUCGCAUGAAUCAAAAUGAACUUGAAGCAGAGAUAAGAAAAGUUUCUCGAGAUUCAUCUCUUGAUCCAAGAAGAAAAGCAUAUCUUAUUCAAAAUCUAAUGACCAGUCGCUGGAUAGCUGCUCAGCAGAAGUCACCUCAUGCAAGAACUGGUGAAUUUUCAAAUGGUGAAGACUUCCUUGGAUGUUAUCCUUCAUUUCGCGAUCCAGAGAAACGUGAAUUUGGGUGUGAGCAUUAUAAACGGAACUGUAAACUCCGUGCUGCCUGCUGUGGAAAGUUAUUCACGUGCAGGUUCUGCCAUGAUAAAGUCAGUGACCAUUCAAUGGAUAGGAAAGCGACAUCUGAAAUGAUGUGCAUGCGCUGCCUGAAAAUUCAGCACGUUGGCCCAGUUUGCAUAACACCUUCUUGUGGUGGUUUAUCAAUGGCAAAAUACUAUUGCAGCAUAUGCAAAUUUUUUGAUGAUGAAAGGAAUGUUUAUCAUUGUCCUUUCUGCAAUUUAUGCCGUGUUGGAAAUGGACUUGGUGUUGACUUCUUUCAUUGCAUGAAGUGUAAUUGCUGCUUGGCAAUGAAGUUAGUGGAUCACAAAUGCCGAGAGAAAGGUCUGGAAAUAAAUUGUCCUAUCUGCUGUGACUUUUUGUUCACUUCAAGUUUAAGUGUCAAAGCUCUUCCUUGCGGCCAUUUCAUGCAUUCAAAUUGCUUUCAGGCAUAUACUUGCAGUCACUACAUUUGCCCAAUUUGUAGCAAAUCUUUGGGAGAUAUGUCGGUUUACUUCGGCAUGCUUGAUGCACUGUUGGCAUCUGAAGAGCUACCAGAAGAAUACCGGGACCGUUGCCAGGAUAUACUGUGCAAUGACUGUGACAAGAAGGGCACGGCACCAUUCCACUGGCUAUACCACAAGUGCAGGUUUUGUGGAUCUUAUAAUACCAGGGUGAUCAAGGUCGAGUCGUACUGCUCAACUUCAAACCAGUGAGGUCAUAGGUUUCUUAUAUAGGUGCGUAAAUACCUCUGUGCGUCCUUAUCUUUACACAUAGCUUUGUAAAUCAUAUGCCAUGACAAUAGUUAAUUCAAAUUCCAUCUUUCAAUUUUCCCCGUCUGCAUCAAAAGUCAAACCCCCACCUUUUCAAAUUCAAUCUUUCGUUUGCUGCCUCUGCCUUCCUGAUGCAAAAGCUACUCGCCUCCACUCAGGUUUUCUUUUCUUUUGAAGAUGAUGGAAUUUUUAGUGAAGAUCAGUGAGAACGGCAGGUUGUUCUUUCUUUUCUUUGUAUGUUUAGAUGUUGGUUUUUACCGUAGCCAUUUCUUCUUCCUUGGAGUAUGAACUGCAAAAUGAGCUUCAACCUGACCCAACCAAAAUUAAAUUGUAUUGGUUGAUGAAUUAUACGAAACAGACAAGUAAACCCAAUUAAAAAUUUAGAUGAAUUCACGAAAA